AUGGCAGACAGCGCAAGCCAGACCUCCAGCACGCGGCAUGUUCCCAGAUGCCGCGGCAAUCACAGAGCACCGUUGGUGCACUCUGACAAAGCGGCCAGCUCGUCGUCCACACCAACCGGAGGUCUACAAUCGGCGACCAUGCCACCCACUGGGGCAAGAGCCCCGUCAAGCUCUUUGGAGCAGUCAACCGCCGCCGCGGUCAAAGCACGUUCUCGUGCCACCCCUGCGGCAUCAGUUUCCAGUCCUCUUUCCACGCAGGACGUGCUCCUUGAGCUUCUGCGUGAAAUGAAAGCCAAUUGCGAGCACGAAGACUCGCAAGCUGCGACCCUAGGGCGCAUUGAGGAGGUCUUGA